AUGUCCUCUUCUCUGAUCUGUGCUCGUCUUGAGGCAGAUGUCUUCGUCGCCAUCAUAGUCCUUAUCUUCGUCGUGUCCAAAAUUGAAUUGACACGAGACACUGUCAUGUCUCCAUCGAACUCCGCGUCCACAGGGGGCAUCCGGCCCGUGGAACUGAAGGGUGUCCUUCUCGAGGCCUGGGUUCAGGGCUCGGUAAUAGGCUCCCUUCUGGUGAUGUUGGCUAUAACGGUUGCGAACAUGAGGAAGCGCGUACUGCUACACAAGUUGAUUUUGACAGAGUUAAUUCUCGCCAUGGCCAGCAGCACAAUUACCUUCUCCUCCAAGGACAACUUCCCGGGCUGGUACCUGUUCGGAUUGAUCGGGCUGUACAUCUCAUGGAGCUUGCACAACGUGAUCGCUUGGCUGAAGAACAGGCCCUUCCUGUCCCGACGCGUUUCGAUCUUCUAUAUUGUGACCGUCGCCCUGGUGCAGCCGUACUGGGUGAUGGAGACCUAUGUCAAUUUUGCGUUUUACAACAACAUCAAUGAUAUAUUUCUCAAGACGAGGCCUCUGGAGCCACUGUUUCGUGACCCCUGGUGGAUCUUCACGACCUGCUCGCUCUUCUACACCAUCAAAAAGGAGUACAAUUUCGGCCUCUUCGAGCUCGUCCGGGUCGCGCCGCGGUUCGGCAUCAUGCUGCUCUCUAUGUGUCUGUCGAUCGCAUUCCUCGUCGUCGACACCCUUAGCGUACUACACGUCUUCUCUGUUUUCCUGCCGGAUGGCAUUGAACCGUUCUGGAGGUUAUCAUUCGUCUUCAAAUGCCUCUGCGACACCGUCAUCCUGGACGACUUCAAGACCGCCCUCGACCGCAUGCGCAGCUACUGGCUGCAGCGCUGUGUGCAGACGGGGACUGGGACAGUUUCGACCUUUGCGUCGAUCCACUUAGAUCCAAACGAUGAUACGAGCAUUUCCUGUCACAGAAACGCCUUUUAUCAUCAGUUUUCUUCCUAUGACCAUUAUAAUCGACCGCCAUCCGACUUGGACCUGGAAACAGGACUGCGGCAACAAUCAAGCAAUCAGAAUCAAGACGAGAAACGCGAGUGCGAGUCAUAUGCCAUUCCCACUCCUAUCGCCAAAGUCGUCACUGCGGAUGAUGUUCUACGUUCACGAACAACAAUUCAUAUUUGA